GAAAAGGGGUCAUUACAACGAACAAUCCAAUCAAAUCAUAUUAUUAUUUCAUUAUAGUUUUUGAAAUGUUUGUUCAGCUCUUCUCCACUACCACUUGAUACCACUGCUUUGUCUCACCAUUACAGAGAUUGUGAAACUCUUCUCUUUCGCCACCUUAGGACUUCGAAAAUGGCGGAUGAAAGCAUCACCAGCAAUAGACGACCCCAGAGCCUCAACGACAGCCACCAUCGCCUCCUUCAAGACCUCUCUGCUCCGCCCAAGCCCUCCUCCAAAAUCCUCGAGGAGAAUAAUGAGGAUUUAAAUGAUGACGAGAGUCAAUUAAACGUGAAGAUGGAAGGCCGGAGACGCCUCUUUAAAGUUCCUUCUAGAGAUAGGAGUGCCGAUGAUGACGAUGUUCCUAACUUUUCCAUCAUCACCGAUUUUGAUUCUUCUCCUGAACAAAAGCUGACGAAGGUAAAGAUUCAGGGUAGACGCCGGCUCUGCAAACUUUCGACUCGGGUUGAUCAGGAUAUUUCCGAGAAAGAAAAUGUGGUUGAUGAGCCUACAUUUGCUGCUAUUACAGAUUUUGAGUCCCCACCUCUACCACAGAAUCCGAAAGACAAUGAUAAAAAUGGCGGAGAUAAUGAAAUCAGGGAUAUCCUGAACAACUUGAGUGCAAGACUUGAGUUUUUGUCCAUCGAGAAGAGAAAAGAUGUGAAGAAGUUGGAUCCAGUUGGAGAAUCUCUGCCUUUGCUGAAGUAUGAAAGGAUUGAAGAAGAUAAGCAAGUUGACCUGCCCGAGUAUGCUAGCGCAGGGUCUUCAUUUUCUUUGAAGUCCGAUACAUCUGAUUCGUCAUCUGGUGCAACUAAGAAUGCUAAUAAUGUUAUGGAGAGAGGGGAUGAUAAAUAUGAUGGAGACCUUCACUAUGAAUCUGAUGUUGACAUAUCUAGUACAAUUGAACACAGAAAUGAAAGUCAUUUCGUCUCUGAGUUUAAAACAGAGUCCACAAAACAUGAUGACUAUAGGAAAAGGGAAUUUCCAAGGAUUGAUAAAAAAUUAGUUAGUGUUCGAAAGACCUCAGCAUACCAGGUUAAAGAAGAAGAAGAAGUUGAUGAAGAGGAUGAUUGUGUUGUGUUGAGUGUCAAAAAGUUGACUAAGGAAGUGGCAAGAGAAAGGCAGAGCACAAAGUCUAGAGACUACCACAUUUCUAGCGAAGUUGACAUCUUGGAAGAUGAGAGCGCUAUAACUCUGAAGGGUGCAAAAUAUACGUUCAAGUUGCCUGGUGAUAUAGCAAAAAUGCUGUAUCCUCAUCAGCGUGAUGGGCUUAAGUGGCUGUGGUCUCUGCAUUGUCUAAAUAAAGGGGGAAUUUUAGGAGAUGACAUGGGUUUGGGAAAAACAAUGCAGAUUUGUGGAUUUUUAGCUGGAUUGUUUCAUUCACGUCUGAUCAAGCGGGCAUUAAUUGUGGCCCCAAAAACAUUACUUCCUCAUUGGAUUAAAGAAUUAUCAGUUGUUGGGCUAUCUGAGAAGACAAGAGAAUACUUUGGAACUUGUGUAAAAGCCCGUCAAUACGAGCUUCAAUAUGUACUACAGGACAAAGGCAUUCUCCUUACUACAUAUGACAUUGUGCGGGCAAACUCAAAAUCUUUACGGGGAGAGAACUUGAUGAAGUAUAUGAUGCUUGAUGAAGAAAGGGAGGAUAAUACCAUAUGGGAUUAUAUGAUACUUGAUGAAGGGCACCUCAUAAAAAAUCCAAGUACCCAGAGAGCGAAGAGUUUGCUUGAGAUACCAUGCCCUCAUCGUAUAAUCAUUAGUGGUACUCCAAUUCAAAACAAUCUUAAGGAACUGUGGGCUUUAUUCAACUUCUGCUGUCCUGAACUACUUGGUGAUAAAAAAGAGUUCAAGGAAAGUUUUGAGGAUUAUAUUCUUCGUGGGAAUGAUAAGCAUGCCACAGAGAGGGAGAAGCGUACUGGUUCAGAAACUGCAAAAAAACUUCGAGAUCGUAUUCGGCCUUAUUUUUUACGUCGCUUGAAGACCGAAGUGUUCAAUGAAGAUGCCAACAAUGGAGAUGCAAAACUUUCUCAAAAGAAUGAGAUCAUUGUGUGGCUAAGAUUGACUAGUUGUCAGCGACAACUAUAUGAAGCUUUUUUAAGGAGCGAGCUGGUUCUUUCAGCUUUUGAUGGAUCUCCUUUGGCUGCACUAACGAUCUUGAAAAAGAUUUGUGAUCAUCCACUUCUGUUGACAAAGCGUGCUGCUGAAGAUGUUCUAGAAGAGAUGGAUACAAUGCUAAAGCCAGAAGAGGUUAAUGUGGCGGAAAAGUUAGCAAUGUACAUAGCGGAUGCUGCUGAGAAAGAUGGCUUUGAAGAGAAUCAUGUCAACAUCUCAUGCAAAAUAUCUUUUAUAUUAUCUUUGCUGGAUGACCUGAUUCCAAAAGGGCAUAAUGUCUUGAUUUUUUCUCAGACACGCAAGAUGCUUAAUCUCAUCGAGGAAUCACUAGUGUCCAAUAGUUAUGAGUUCUUACGCAUUGAUGGUACCACAAAAGCAAGCGACAGACUGACGAUUGUAAAUGAUUUCCAAAAUGGGGUUGGGGCACCCAUAUUUCUCCUAACAUCUCAAGUUGGUGGUUUGGGCCUUACACUUACAAGAGCAGAUCGUGUGAUUGUUGUUGAUCCUGCAUGGAAUCCAAGUACGGAUAACCAAAGUGUUGAUCGUGCUUAUAGAAUUGGACAAACAAAGGAUGUCAUUGUAUAUAGAUUAAUGACAUGUGGGACUGUUGAAGAGAAGAUUUACAGAAAGCAGAUAUACAAGGGAGGUUUGUUUAGAACUGCAACAGAGCACAAAGAACAGACCAGAUACUUUAGCCAACAGGAUCUUCGUGAGCUUUUCAGUCUCCCAGCACAGGGUUUUGAUGUUUCCCUUACUCAACAGCAAUUGCAUGAGGAACAUGAUUGUCAGCAUAUAAUGGAUGAUUACCUGGAUGGCCAUGUCAAAUUUUUGGAGGGUCAGGGUAUAGCUGGAGUUAGUCAUCACAGUUUACUCUUCUCCAAGGCAGCCCCUGCACAACCCGUACAGGAAGAAGAGGAAGUGACUAGAAAGGCAGGGUCUACAUCAAUGGGAGCUUCAACGUCAAGUUCAUCAGUUGAACGGAGUGUUGAUGGUGCUGAGUACGCCUUCAUUCCCAAGGAUGUAAAGUUAAACAAGAAAAGUUCUUCACCAGAUAGUGGAGGCAAACUGACAGAAUCAGAGAUUAAAGACAAAAUCUUUCGGCUAUCUAAAACUCUUGCAAACCAGGCUAUGGUUUCAAGAUUACCAGAUAAAGGAGAGAAGAUACAAAUGCAUAUUGAUGAAUUGAAUGCUGAACUUGACAGAAUUAAGAUGGCAAAAGAAACCGAAAAGAAAGUAAUUAGUUUGGAUGAUUUAACUGAUGAAUUUCAGAAGGUGAUGAAUGUAUAGCUUAUUGCUGGACAAUGACAAAUUGAAAUAGAUGUCUUUUUGUUGAGAAUUCUCUUCUCAAUAAACGAAUCAGCUCAAUUCUCCCACAGUUAAGUCAAUGUUAAUUUUUGACUAGGCUGCUCCUCAAGCUCAAUACUUUGGAGAUUCCGCUUUGAUUUUUGAUCAAUGGUGUCUGCCAUAUAACUAACGCGUUUAUCUUUUUUACUUGAUAAAUGCUGUUUAUGGUUUCUCCAUUUUGCAAAAUUGUUUCAGAGAUUUAUGUGCAACCCUAUGUCCUACAAUUUUGUGGUAAUUGCAUGCAUGGUUUAGCUGUUGUAAUGAUGGUUUGCUUUAAUUAAUUAACCUAUUGUUUUGGAAGAUUGAUUA